AUGAAGCAGAAAAAAGAAUUCCACUCAAAUGAAUCAGCUUGGGAAGUUACAGAUUUACUGGCAAAGGAUGCUUCUAUUGGUGAAACCCCUUGUAUUUAUACAUCUUCAUCUGGACUUCGGCAUAUUUUCAUAUCUACUAAGUCUGGAUUUAUGUGUCAAGCAUUAUACAUAAGUCGUUAUGUAGACCGUUUGUUGUACGAAUAUCAUAGUUUAUCUCAGUGUGGUCCCACGAAACCAUCAGAGUUCUGGAUACAUGGCAUUGGUCCCCUCGCUAUAACGAGGACAGCUGAGGUCGCGUUGCAUUUAACUCGCCGGAUGUACCCUGGACAUCUUGAAAUGUCUACAUACACUAGCAGCUGUUCAACUAAGAAACAUAUUAUAUCUCGAGUAGAAAAUGAAGAAGUCCAUGUAAAAGAAGAGCCACAGGUGAAAGGUGCUAUUCACAUUCAAAUACGUCUAAUUCCUACACGCGAUGCUGGACGGCCUUCAUAA